GCCUGCGGCAUCCGAGACGUUUGAUUGGCUGUAGGGCCUGUCGGUCACCCGGUGAAAACAGGAGGGGCGGAACGGCUUGGUUGAGUCUCGAUGUCCACUGCGGCGUCUGAAGGAAUAACCACCACAACUUUGAUUGAAAUGAGUGAUGCACUCGCGUUAUUUGUUCGCUCAAACCGAUGUUUAGACAGGAAAGUGGACAGAUAGAGGAUGAUGGAAAUAAGUUGUUUGUUUGCUCAGUAAUACAUCAGUUGGCGGGUUAGCAUUGCAUGCUAGCGCAUCAGCAGCAUAUCACGAGCAGCAUAUCUAGGCAGGCUAAUUAGCCAGGAAGCUAGUUUCCCUUCUCGGUGAUGGCCAGCUGAACGUUAUUGUGCGUUACUAUAGUAAGCUAACCGUUUCCGAAUAGUACUAGCUCUUGUUGUUUGGGGAACGGUGUGUUCGUUUAAUUUCAUUUUCAAAAAAUACUCCAGGUUUUGGAAUUUGGGUUUGCAGGAGUCAGGCGAAGGAGCAUCAAGCUAAGCUAACAAGCCUGGUAGCUGUAACCUGGGCACGGGACGAACCCUGACUAGAAGUUGGCGAGAUCGCGUGCUCAUCCAGGUUGAGGCUAAAAUCUUAUUUAAAAGCAGAGUUUAGAGAUGGACGCAUGUUUUAGUCUAGGGGUUUGUAAUCUCGGGUCAGUCUGGUCAUGCAUGUAGCUAGCAGCUGCUUUCGGUUGUAGAGCUCCUGAAACGUGCAGGUAUCGUUAGCCUUCGCUAACCGCCUGAAAACUGCGAGAUGCGCAAAUAAAAAGCGGCAGUUCAACUUGCUUUGGCUGCUUUAAGACGUUCAACGAUGUAGCUUUCUAGUAGAGAAGCUCUACACGGUACUGGACGAAUUCAGACAUUAGCAAGCACCAUGAACAACCCAGCCAUGAUGGCGCAGGAGAAGAUGGAGCUGGACUUGGACAUGUCGUCGGCUCUGCUUCAGGGAGACGGGCACUUGAGGCGAUCCAACAGCGAGCCUAUGAUAAACGGCUUAAGUGACAACUCUCAGGUUUUCCAACGAGAGAUUCUACGCAGCAGACGAAACAGCACAACUCUUGUUAAUCGACCCAACAUGGUUCCGUCUUCCCCGGUUCGCAUCCCUAGCACCAGGCUUGAACGAAUCAAACAGGAGGAGGGGGUUGAUGUGAUGAACAGGGAAACAGCUCAUGAACGGGAGGUGCAGACAGCCAUGCAAAUGAGCCAGUCAUGGGAGGAAAGUCUUAGUCUGAGUGACAAUGACUUUGAGAAGUCCACAUCAUCAUCAUCCCCAAAGCGUAUUGAUUUUGUGCCUGUGUCUCCGGCUCCAUCUCCCACCAGGGGAAUUGGGAAGAAGCAGUGCUUCUCUCCGUCUCUGCAAAUCUUGGUGAGCAGUAAUGGUCUAACUCCCAGCCCGAUCCCCAGCCCAACACGUCGCUUCAGCAGGAGGAGUCAGAGCCCCAUUAACUGCAUUAGACCCAGCAUUUUGGGGCCUAUCAAACGAAAAGUUUCAGGUGAGAUGGAAGCAGAAAGCCAGCCAAAGAGACUUUUCCAUGGUACCACCACCAUGUUGUCCACAGAGACGGCCCACCUGCCAGAACUCAGCUCAUGUUUAUCCCCUGACCUGCUUGAUGGAAGCCUCAGCAGUGUUGGCUCCUCUUCAGGUUCUCCAGCUAAGAUGGAAGGGGUUUCACCCUCCUCGAGCAACUCUCCCUUCACCCCCCUCCAGGAUCUUUCACCUAAGUGAUCAACAUAUCAUAUAAUAUUACAGGAAAGGCCACAUGAAUGAGCCUCUGGAGUUUCUUAUGCUUCUGUUCCAUGCCUUCCCAACCAUGCUUUUGUUCUUGUCUUUGAUUUUCUGGUGAGGAUUUGCUUUUUCAGUGGGACAGUGUGAGGAAGCUCUGUAAUAAAAGAAGCCAAAGCCCUGCAGGUAUUUUGGAUGGACUGUACCAUUGGGGUAAUCGGCAGGGGUGAAGACUGUGAAUGCUGUUUGCACCAGCUGCUAUAUAAAGGUGUAAUAUUUGGGGUGAAGCUCCAUAAUGAAACAAACAGCAUUUCAGAGCCCUACAGUUUCUGUAUGAAUUUGUGUUCUUGUAGCUCUCUUAAAUUAGGGGAAUGCUAAUAUAAAAAUAAAGCUCUUAGAGAGCGAAGCAUUCCCUAUUACAGCAGUAUCAUUAGGUUGCCUGUGGCCAGGCCUAUUACUAUAGGUCUUUAAUUUACACAAACAGAUUGCCAACAGGUAUUGUAUGAAAGAAUUUAACUUAUUUUUGGUUCCAGCUUUGUUUUAUUUCCUUUGUAAGUAUGUACAUUCAUCGUGAUGGCUAUUAGCUUGUUAUUUGUAAUCUGCGUGGGAGUGAAUGUAUGCACAGUGCUCGAGUAGUUAACUGACGAUUGGGUGCGAUUGCACUUGCAUACAUUUACAACUGAGUUUGUAUCUGCCUUCGGUCAAGUGUAUAAGGAUCAGCCUUUCAUUAUUCAUGUAGAUGGAAGGACGCGGCAACACCAUUGAUGAGUGCCUAUUCAUCACUCUUAGUGCUUCAUUAAGUUUUUCCUAAUGGAGUUAACGGUUGCCGUCAGCUAUUUAGGAAUGGCGCAAAUGUUGGUUGAAUGCAAUAUUAAUGGGGAUGUUUACCACUAAAUUCAGGAUUUGAACACUACAGCACAUUCAACAGCCUGAGUUGCAAUUUGUCUUGAGGUCUACCACCCUAGGACAUGGUUUAGCCUUGUCAGCUUUAGAGAAGUGAACUGCCUCAAUGCAGUGUGUUUUAUAGCCCUUUAAACACAGUGGCUUCACCCUUAUUCACUUGUCUAUGAAAUAUCACUGUGUGACAGUACCAACCUUAAACAGAUGAGUUAUUUGUGUUUAAUGCAUUUAUUUUUUUCUGCAUGGGGUGAACUACUGCAAACCACUGUCAAAGGAAUUUCAGAGAGAAAUUCCUGAAGCAGUUUAGAUAAAUAGAAGUGGCUGCUGAUGGAGAAAUUUGAACAUGCAAUAGAAAUGAUUCAUGUCUGGAGGAAGGUCAUCUACUGAUUCAUGAAAGUAGUGUGCCAUUAAAGGUCUGUAAAUAAGAGAGAUGUAAAAUUGUACUUGUAAGUUGUUAUUCAUUUGAGCUUUUGUUAUUUUAGUAAAUAGUAUUUUUUGUAAAUGGUUUUAUGAAUUAGUUUCCUUUAAAAAAAGAAAUGGCUUUAUUUCCUCAGAGCAUGAUUCAUCGUAAGUGUUUUGUUUUUAUUUGCAAGCAAGAAAAUGAUUGUAAAUUUUUUCAUGGAAUUGAAAUUAACGGUGUGGUUUAUUGCCCCAUAUUAGAAAUAUGGCUGUGGCAAAACUGCACUGUACAUCCUUUUUCUGAAUGUCUUUCUUUUCAAAGAGGAAAAGGCAGUAAGUGGGUCAUGUUAGGUCCCUUUUCUGUAAUGUAUCGAUGGUUGAAGUGCUUGUGGUUUGAUUUACCAGUUUGUUUUUGUUGUUUUUUUUUUUUUUUGUCCUGUGGACUUGUCUGACCUUUUAUUUAAUUUACGCUGUCAUCUUUCAAGAGCGAAAACCUUAAGCUUGUGUGUUGAAUGAGUCGAGUGCUUUGCUGAGCUCUGCUCUAAAUGGACAAAAAAAAAGAUAUUUUCUUGUCCCCUUUAUCAGUGAUCUUCAGAUUACAAAAUAAAUUAUUUGUCUGGAAA